CGAGAACUCAUUAAGCACGGAACAAGAGGACAGGCUGGCUGCUGAACCAUUUCUGUUCCGUUGAGAGUUCCAACUUUUCUUCCCGGGCCGCCAUCAACACGCAACUGUAAGCAUUCGUUCUUCAUUCGUGGUGCUAUAUUUACCGGCGAGCUUUAAGGAAAUGGCGGUCGAACUUCAGUAACAGCACUACGAGAGGAAGUUGGAGGAGUAAAGAUUAACGGAUAAGGGUUUCAAGACCGGAAAAAUGGAGAAUCAGGAAGCUCGUCGGUCGAAUACGGAACAGAGAUCGACGAAAUCGAUUCCUCCGUACAUGAAGGCUGUAUCCGGUUCUCUUGGGGGGGUGAUGGAGGCCUGUUGUCUACAGCCGAUUGAUGUUAUCAAGACUCGGUUGCAGCUCGAUCGGGCGGGGGCUUACAAGGGGAUUGUCCACUGUGGAGCCACGGUUUCUCGAACGGAAGGAGUUCGAGCUCUUUGGAAGGGAUUGACUCCCUUCGCUACGCACCUGACCUUGAAAUAUGCGCUUCGCAUGGGGUCCAAUGCGGUGCUUCAGACGGCGUUUAAGGAUUCCGAGACUGGAAAACUCAGCAAUCAUGCUCGUCUAAUUUCUGGAUUUGGUGCUGGGGUUUUGGAAGCUCUCGUCAUCGUUACUCCAUUCGAGGUGGUGAAGAUUAGAUUGCAGCAACAGAAAGGAUUGAGUCCUGAUCUCCUGAAGUAUAAGGGUCCAGUGCACUGUGCUGGAAUGAUCAUUCGAGAAGAAGGCCUCCUAGGGCUGUGGGCUGGUGCUGCCCCAACUGUUAUGCGAAAUGGUACCAACCAGGCUGCCAUGUUUACUGCCAAGAAUGCUUUUGAUGUUGUUCUUUGGAACAGACACGAAGGGGAUGGGAAAGUCCUCCAACCAUGGCAAUCGAUGGUAUCGGGAUUCCUAGCAGGCACGGCCGGGCCUAUAUGCACUGGUCCUUUUGAUGUUGUGAAAACUAGGCUAAUGGCUCAGAGCCGAGGCACAGGUGAACUCAAGUACAAAGGCAUGGUCCAUGCUAUCAGAACUAUAUACGCAGAGGAGGGUCUUUUCGCUUUAUGGAAAGGGCUGCUGCCCCGACUCAUGAGGAUUCCACCUGGGCAGGCCAUUGUGUGGGCUGUGGCCGAUCAAAUUAUUGGCUUGUAUGAGAGGAGACAUCUUCAUGAUGCUCCCACAUAAUAGAUCGGCAGUCCCUUAGAAAUUUUAGUGCUUGCUUUGUGGCAGCUCUUUCGUGUCUGGGUAGUGCUUAUUCUUUAGUUACCAUUCUUAGAUUCUUGGGAAGUUUCAGUGACUUCUUGUUGGUGGAUGCUGUUUUGUGAUGGAUGAUCUAAUUUCUAUGUGAGAAUCCCACAUUAGUUGGGAUGAGAACGGAACA